AUGAAGAGACUAAACCAGACCAAAGAUGAAGGCGGCGGCCCCGUGGCGGUGGCCCCGUCAAACAAAAAAUCCCUGAUGACGAUACUAAACUGCAUCGACAACUCGGGUGCGGCCCUCGUCGAGUGCGCCAUGAUCGUCGGCCAGAAGCGGCACGCCGCAAUAGGCGACCGCAUAGUCGUCGUCGUGCAGGCCCAGCGCGGCCAGGGCGCCCAGGGCAUGGGCGCAAUGUCGGCGGCCAACAAGGUCAAGCGCGGCGACAUCCGGCAUGCCAUCGUCGUGCGCACAAAGUACAAGUCGCAGCGGCCCGACGGCUCCGUCGUGCGCUUCGACGACAACGCCUGCGUCCUCAUCAACAAGGCCGGCGACCCCGUCGGCUCCCGCAUCAACGGCGUCGUCGGCGCCGAGCUGCGCAAGAAGCAGUGGAGCAAGAUCCUGUCCAUGGCCCCCAUGUACACGUGA